AAUCUUGUUAUUGGUACAUUAAGUAUAUUACUUUUUAUGAGUUGAAUGAGGGCGUUUGGAGCGGAAGUGUUUUAAUUUGAAGGCGGUGACAGGAAGCGUCCGUGUUCCUGGCGGCUGCCUUGACGCCUGCGCCAUGGGCGUACUACGGCGGCUCGGAGGGCUCAGUCCGCUUCGCGCUCUGCUCGUGCUGACGAUGGGUGACGUCCUGUGCGAAGAGCUCGAGGAUUUGGUUCAUUUCUCAGUACACGACCUGCCCGCACGAGGCUAUGUCGUCAUGGAAGAGAUCCGACGUCAGGGGAAACUCUGUGACGUCACGCUCAAGGUGGGGGACCAUAAGUUCAGUGCCCACCGGAUCGUGCUGGCGGCCUCCAUCCCGUACUUCCACGCCAUGUUCACCAACGACAUGGUGGAGUGUAAACAGGACGAGAUCCUGAUGCAGGGCAUGGACCCCAGUGCUCUAGAGGCUCUGAUAAACUUCGCCUACAGUGGCCACGUCGCCAUCGACCAGCAGAACGUCCAGUCGCUCCUGAUUGGUUCCAGUUUCCUGCAGCUGCAGAACGUUAAAGACGCCUGCUGCUCCUUCCUGCAGGAGAGGUUACAUCCUAAGAACUGUCUGGGCGUGCGACAGUUCGCGGAGACGAUGAUGUGCACGACGCUGUACGACUCGGCCAACAGCUUCCUCCACCAGCACUUUGUGGACGUGUCCCUGUCCGAGGAGUUUCUGGGUCUGAGGACAGAGGAGGUUCUGGAGCUGGUCGGCUGUGACGAGCUCAACGUGAAGGCUGAGGAGCAGGUGUUCGAGGCGGUCUUGGCCUGGGUCCAUCAUGACCGGGACCGGAGACAAACCGUCCUUCCAGAGCUGCUGUCAAAGAUCCGACUGCCUCUGUGUCGACCUCAGUUCCUGUCGGACCGGGUCCAGCAGGACGACCUCGUUCGCUGCUGCCACAAGUGCAGGGAUUUGGUGGAUGAAGCCAAAGAUUUCCACCUGAUGCCGGAGCGUCGUCCUCACCUUCCCGCCUUCAAAACCAGACAGAGGUGCUGCACGUCCAUCACAGGACUUAUCUACGCAGUGGGAGGACUUAACAGUUCAGGAGAUUCCUUAAACGUGGUCGAGGUGUUCGAUCCAAUCGGGAACUUCUGGGAGCGCUGUCAGCCAAUGAGGACGGCGCGCAGCAGGGUGGGCGUGGCCGUGGUUAACGGGCUGCUGUACGCCAUUGGUGGAUAUGACGGCCAAUCACGACUGAGCACGGUGGAGGUUUACAACCCAGAGACAGACAGUUGGACACGAGUGUCGAGUAUGAACAGCCAGCGGAGCGCCAUGGGAACCGUUGUGAUUGAUGGACACAUCUACGUCUGUGGUGGCUACGAUGGAAAAUCGUCUCUGAACUCAGUCGAGUGUUACUCUCCAGAGACGGACAGGUGGACGGUGGUGACGGAGAUGAGCGUGAGUCGUAGUGCUGCUGGUGUGACGGUGUUUGAUGGACGGAUCUUUGUCUCCGGAGGACAUGACGGUCUCCAGAUCUUCAACACGGUGGAGUACUACAACCAUCACACCAACCGCUGGCACCCUGCGGCGGCCAUGUUGAACAAGCGCUGCCGCCAUGGGGCGGGGGCUCUGGGCAGCCACAUGUACGUGGCGGGGGGGUACGACGGCUCCGGGUUCCUGAGCGGCGCCGAGGUGUUCAGCUCGGCCUCGGGCCAGUGGAGCCUCCUGGUGGCCAUGAGCACGCGGCGCAGCCGAGUGUCGCUGGUGUCCACGUCGGGCCGCCUCUACGCUGUGGGGGGGUACGACGGGCAGUCCAACCUCAGCUCAGUGGAGAUGUACAACCCCGACACCAACCGCUGGACCUUCAUGGCCCCCAUGGUCAGCCACGAGGGGGGGGUGGGCGUGGGCUGCAUCCCCCUGCAGCCGGCCUAAACCCGCCCAUCACAGCCGAGGACCGGUGCAUUACUGACGCUGCGGGCGGCGCCCUCUGGUGGCGUACGACGGCGGUACGACGGCCGGGCUCACACCGACGCCGCUGGGAGACUGUAGGGCUAGCUGCUCAGGCUAGCUGCUAGCGAUGUGCUAUUACCGCGAGUGUGGACUGAUUCAUGUUCAAUGUUGAUUUGUACUUGAUUGAAACGAAGCUGCUGCUGAGACAGGAUGACCACUCUGAUGGAUUCUCUGGGACCAGGUUCUCCGGACGGUUCUGAUCCACCGCAGAGACAGGAAGUGACUCAGCUCAACUCAAGCUUUAUUUAUAAAGACGACAGCGAUGAGGGGCACAGGAUAUAUACAAACAAUAACAUGUCAGGGAAGAAUAAAAACUACCAGGCAGAGAUAGCUUGUGCUCAUGUAGGACAUGUAGGACAUGUAGGACAUGCAGGACAUGUAGGACAUGUAGGACAUGCAGGACAUGUAGGACAUGUAGGACAUGCCGGGGAGAGGAGGAGGGUUUAAAGGUUCUAGACACGUCUGUGCAGCUAGCGCCACCUGCUGACACAUGUCACUGUGUCUCUGCCACUGAUCAUAUGAUGAGUCAUAGUGAAGUUAAUACUCUCUGCUGAUUGGACGUCUGAGUCAGCUGACUGAAGAGCUCCCUGAUUGGUUCCCAGCCAUCAGGUGUCCUGUCUUCCUCUGCAGGUGUGAGUCAUGUGACCUGCUGAUGUUUACAUAUGAUCUUAACUCUUGAUUAAUUUAUUAGUUUUCUGUCUUUGUGGAUCAUUAAAGAUGAAAUGUUCUACAAUUAAA